AAAAUAAUAGUACCCCAAGAAAAAAAAAAUCUAAUUAAGGCAAGAACGACAAUGAGAUAGAAAAACGACAAUAGAGGAAAAAGGAAAAGAAAAUACAGAACGACGUGGUUUGGUAGGAGGGGUAGGGUUUGUUCAGUUGGAAGUGUGAGUAGGGAGGGAGUGUUUUUGCUGAGAAGUUGGGGAAGUACGAGACUCAAUUCCAAACUCAGUCCUCCGAACAGCUCAAUCCAAGAAUUACAUCGCAACCAUGACGGACUAUGCACAGGAGCAAGAGAUGGAAAUCGAAGCAUUAGAAGCAAUUCUUAUGGAUGAGUUCAAAGAAAUUCACUCUGGAGAGAGUGGGUUAAAUACUUCCAACCGGUGCUUCCAAAUAAAAGUGGUUCCACAGGAUGAUGAAGCAGAUUUUGAUUCUUCUCCAGUUCAGCUAGGUUUGAUUUUUUCGCACACAGAAAAAUAUCCUGAUGAACCUCCACUUUUAAAUGUUACAAGUUUACGAGGAAUUCGACCCGAAGAUCUUAGAAUAAUGAAAGAAAAGCUUCAACAAGAGGCAUCUGAAAAUCUUGGUAUGGCCAUGAUGUACACCCUUGUCUCAUCAGCUAAGGAAUGGCUCUCUGAACGAUUUGCUCAAGACACUGACACUGAUAAUGCUGAAGCAGAAGAAGCAACAAAAGAUGAUGUAAUCAUCCCACAUGGUGAACCAGUGACAGUUGAAACGUUCCUAGCUUGGAGAGAGAGGUUUGAAGCGGAGUUGGCACUCGAACGAGCAAAGCUAAUGCCCGAGUCUGCGCUUGCAGCACCUAAGGAAAAGAAGCUUUCGGGAAGACAAUGGUUUGAAAGUGGAAGAAUGAAAGGUACAGUUACAGUCAAUGAAGUUUCUGACGAAGAAGAUGAUGAAGAUAUUGACUUCGAUGAUGAUGAUGAUUUUGAAGAUGACGAAGAAGAUAUGCUUGAGCACUACUUGGCUGAGAAAUCAGACUCAUCCGCACAUUCGUCCAAGAGAGGCAACUGAAAGAUAAAAGUUAGUUUGUGGAGUAUUAUUGAUUGGCCUGAAAAAGUUGUACCACUUUUCUUGGUAUUAUCUUUGGUCGUACUCGGGAUGAUACAUGUGUCAAAGGCUAAAAGAAAUCAUGUUGUAAUUUGGAUAGUUUACUAAGCAAUUAAAGUCUUUAUUUUGCAUGAGGAGAAAUAUAAGAAAAGUUUUGUCAUCAGACUUCAGACAUGUAUAUGUAUCUGCCUUCCUAGGUGUGUACUUUUGAGAGAUGCUUCAUUCUUGUUUUAUAAAUCGGAAAGCAUAAAUUAUCAUGGUCCCAAA